AUGCCAAAAGCAACACGAAAACAAAUAUCACCCAACUUUGACAUGUCAUUUCUUCCAACCGAUCAACAAAUAAAAGACAUUCAAGAAGCCAAAAAACAUCAUAAUGGAAUUUCAAUUGAAUCGGUUAAUGACAAAAAAAUAUUAGAAAAACAAUUAUGCGAAUUUGUUGUUGGUGUGCGAAGAGAUGAUGGCGAAGAAUAUUUGUCAUUAAAAAAUUGUAUGGCUGCAAUUGAUAGACAUUUGAAAAGUCACAGUGUAAUUAAAGAUCAAAUUACCUUAAAUGGAAACGCGUGCAAGCAAAAUUAUCCAGACUUAUAUAAAACUUUAAAUGGAAAGCUACGUGAUCUUAAGAAACAGGGUAAGAUUUCUACAAAGAAGGCUGACACACUUUCACCAGAUGAAAUCAAACAAAUUCUGAAUCACCCAUCAACAUCAAAAGAUACACCCGAAGGUCUUUCUAGGAGAGAGCUUAUAUGGAUCUGUUUAGUAUUUUGUCCUCGUGGUGGUGAACAUACAAAAAUGUUAAAAUGUCAGUUUGAUAUAUGUGAUGAUAUGGUCGUUUUCACCAAAUUUCAUCAAAAAAAUGAUCAAGGUGGUUUUGAUGCAAUCAAUGAUGAUGUAUGGUAUCUUGAUCAUAAAAUUGGAACUGAGAAAAUCAAGAAUUACAUGAAGACAAUAUGUUUCGAUGCUGUCAACCAUUCUGGUUGUGCUACUAGUCUAAAUUGGUUAUAUCAAAGUGGUGUUGAUGACACACAAGUGAUGACAAUCUCUGGUCAUAAAAGUCUCAAGGGUGUGAGAUCGUAUAUUGCACCCACUAUAUAUCAAAAAGCUAGUAAAAUAAGCAAUGUUCUUCAAAUGGCAUUAACACUGCAAGAAUCAUCAACUUUGAAUAAAACACCUCAAAAAAAUACAGGUUCAGACAAACAUGAGCCGGAUGACAUGAGUGAUAAAGGCAGUGGUGUUAAAUCAUUAGGUGUAAGUAUAUGA